AUGUCUGGGCCAGCUUCCAAAGGUCUGGUGCGCGCUCUGCGCCAGGCCAAAAGACCUUCGAUCCCUCGCGCCCGCCAACCACGAUGUCUCCGACUCGCCUACGAACCCGUUCGAAGUUUCACCAGCACGCCGCGACGGCGAGAUGACACCAGCGAGCCCAAACACAAUGUCAAGUACACCACAGACAUGUACCCCAAUCUCAAACGCGACCCCAAGUAUUCGGAGAUCACGCCCGAGCAUGUGCAGUUCUUCAAGUCUACGCUGGGCGACGACGCCGCUGUCAUUGACGGAGUGACGAAAGACGCCGUCGACGAUCUCGAAGCCUUCAACAGCGACUGGAUGAGGAAAUACCGGGGCCACACCAAGCUGGUUCUGCGGCCCAAGAGCACGGAAGAAGUGAGCAAAGUGCUGAAAUACUGCAACGAGAACAAACUGGCGGUCGUGCCACAGGGAGGAAACUCGGGUCUAGUCGGAGGGAGCGUGCCGGUGUUUGACGAGAUCGUCAUCUCGCUGGGCCGCAUGAACAAGAUCCGCAGCUUUGACGACAUCAGCGGCAUUCUUGUGGUCGAUGGAGGUGUCAUUCUAGAGGUGGCGGACAAUUUCCUGGCCGAGCACAACCAUCUGUUCCCCCUCGAUCUGGGUGCCAAGGGCUCAUGUCACAUCGGGGGCAACGUGGCGACCAAUGCCGGGGGUCUGCGGUUGUUGAGAUACGGCUCCCUACACGGCAACGUGCUGGGUCUUGAGGCCGUGCUCCCGGACGGCACGAUCGUCGACGACCUGACCACGUUGCGGAAGAACAACACCGGCUACGACCUGAAGCAACUGUUCAUUGGCGGAGAGGGCACGAUUGGAAUCAUUACUGGCGUUUCCGUGUUCUGCCCGCAACGACCAAAGGCCAUCAACGUGGCUUACUUCGGUCUGGAGUCCUUCGAGAAGGUGCAGAAGGCGUUCAAGGAGGCCAAAAUCCAGCUGGGGGAGAUACUGUCGGCUUUUGAGCUGAUGGAUUCUCAAAGCCAGGGCUUUGUGCACACGGUCACGGGCAACAAGCGACCGCUGGAAGGCGACCAUCCGUUCUACUGCUUGAUCGAGACGAGUGGCUCAAACACCGAGCAUGAUAACGAGAAGCUCGAGAAGUUCCUGGAGUAUGUCAUGGGCGAAGAGAUCGUCUCGGACGGCGUCCUCGCCCAGGACGAGUCUCAGGCCCGGGCCCUCUGGGGAUGGAGAGAAGGAAUCACGGAAGCUCUGGGACACUUUGGUGGAACCUACAAAUACGACCUGUCUAUACCGAUUCAAGACCUCUAUAAGUUGGUCGAGGAGACACGAGAGAGGCUGACGUCGAAAGGCUUGGUCGGCGACGAUGACUCUUAUCCAGCCUUGGGCGUUGUCGGAUAUGGCCACAUGGGCGACUCGAACCUGCAUCUCAAUAUCCCUGUGCGAAGAUACGCCAAAGAGGUCGAGGAGGCUAUAGAACCCUGGGUGUACGAAUGGAUCCAGAAGCGAAACGGGAGCAUCAGUGCAGAGCACGGCUUGGGCAUCGCCAAAAAGAAGUAUAUCGGCUACAGUCGGAGUGAGACCAUGAUCAAGUUGAUGAAACAGAUCAAGAACCUCUAUGAUCCGAACGGGAUCAUGAACCCGUACAAAUAUAUAUAG